GGAGCAGAGAAAGCGACAUGAGUCGGGUCAAGUCGGGUCGAGUGAGUCUAAAAAGGGAGAGCAAAGGCUCCUUUACUUUAUCCACCAAACCAACCAGAGUUACAAUCAUAGAAAAGAUUGUUGUAGUAUAGUUUCUACUGACUGAGCUAAAAAGCUCUGAUUUAGGGUUUCUUACCCAUUUUUUUAUUGUUUUUACCUUCUUUACCAAAAUCGAUCCAAUUUCAUCGAAUGGUUUGAUUCUUGCAAUUCUUUUUCGAUCUCCAUACUCUUUUAACUCGCUUCAUUUCAGGUUAAAAUCUUUCAUGGGUUCAACAUCCUCAGGUAUUCGGGAUUGUGGCAUUGCUAUGAGCAAUAUUGAAGUGUAUAGUUUGGUGCUGUAGGGCUUUCUUUCGUAAAACUCAAUGGUGCCAGAAGGCUAGUGGAACUAUGGGCUUUGUUUGGAUGGUUACUCGAAUCAAAGGUUCACUGUGCCAACAGUUCUUAUUAUUCACUAUUUGGCUAUCCAUUUUCCAAGAUGUUGUGGCAAUGCAGACUUUGCUCGAACCUAAUCACCUUUCCACCACAGCUGAGCUUGCUACUCCACCUAUUACUGGGCUUUUUGAUCCCAUAGAAAUAUCUCCUGCUGUCUUCCCACGUUACCCCUAUCCUAAUGAGUCCGUGUCACCCAUGUACCCAACUUUUCCCACCACAUAUGAGCCAAAUUUAACUGGGAAAUGUCCUGUAAAUUUCUCUGCUAUGUCAAAUCUCAUGGAUAAAACAGCAUCUGACUGUUCUGUACCUUUAGCAGCUCUUGUAGGAAAUGUAAUAUGCUGUCCACAGCUUGGCAGUUUACUGCACAUCUUCCAGGGUUAUUACAACAUCAACUCUGACGGGUUGGUUUUGGAAAAUUCAGUUGCUAGUGAUUGUUUUUCAGAUAUCAUUAGCAUCUUAGAAAGCAGAGGGGCCAAUAACACAAUACCUACACUCUGUUCUGUUAAAUCAUCAAAUCUUACUGGCGGGUCUUGUUCAGUAAAGGAUGUUAGUAGCUUUGAGAGAAUAGUUAAUACAAGCAAGUUACUGGAGGCCUGUAGUGCUGUUGAUCCUCUUAAAGAAUGUUGUAGACCAAUUUGCCAACCUGCUAUUAUGCAAGCUGUUCUUCAGAUUUCUGGAACACAAUUGACCAUCAAUGAUGAUAAAGAAUUAUUGAGCAAGCCUAAUCAUAUUGAUACUAUUAGUGAUUGUAAAGGUGUGGUAUAUUCAUAUCUCUCGAAGAAGCUCUCACCAGAUUCUGCAAAUGCUGCAUUCCGAAUAUUGUCUAACUGCAAAGUUAAUAAGGUUUGCCCUUUAAAUUUCACGCAGCCUUCAGAGGUAAUUAAAGCAUGUCGCAAUGUAGCUGCUCCCAAUCCUUCCUGCUGUAGCUCGUUGAAUACUUAUAUAGCUGGAUUACAAAAGCAAAUGCUAAUUACAAACAAGCAAGCCAUAAUCUGUGCAACAGUUUUUGGGUCCAUGCUACGUAAGGCAGGGGUCAUGACAAAUAUAUAUGAGCUUUGUGACAUCGACUUGAAAGAUUUUAGCAUCCAAGCAGUGUAUGGACAACAAGGGUGUCUACUCCGAAGCUGGCCUGCAGAUGUUGUAUUUGACAAUUCAACAGGGUUCAGCUUUACAUGUGAUUUGACUGACAACAUUGCAGCCCCAUGGCCGUCGUCAUCAUCCAUGUCAUCUUUGUCAUUUUGCGCUCCAGAGAUGUCUUUGCCUGCAUUGCCGACAUCGGAAACGUUAAAAAAUCCUGGCAAUCGAGGUGGUGGGGUGGAGUUUGUGGUACACAUUUUUUCAUUUUUUCUUUUCGGCACAUUAUUGUACUGAAAAAUUUAGUUGAGGGAUGACUCGGACUGUUUGGAAUAGGAGCAUCUGGAAAGGACCUUGUCUGGGGAUUUUAGUUUUACAUGUAUAUUUUGGGUAGCUUUCAUGUAUAGCAGUUUUUUUUUUUUUUUCUUUUUGUUUUCUCUUCCAUCUUUCUUUCAAUCUAUUUUUGUCUUAGCCUCUCUUGCUCGCUCUAAUUUUGUUUGGAAACUCUCGAAAGACUUAUCUAUUACUGAGAAAUUGUGUGGGUACUGUCUUUUGUUUAA